AUUGUUUUAAUUCUGUGUGGGGAGCCCGGCUGGGGUGGCUCGCUGCCCCUGUGCUCAGGAAGGCGCUCGCAAUGGGCAGCGUUGACUCUGCUUGGCUUGCAUAAGCUUUAAUCUAAAGUUGGAGAUGUUUUUAGCUGAUCUGUGUUAAUGUUGGGUGGAAUUAACAUGCGUACAGGGUGACCACGUGACCCCUGCCCUCCCCAUUUCGCGUCGUUUUAACGGAUUCCUGCCAAAUCGAGGCGGCUGGGCUGGGCUGCUGCCGCCAGCAAGAUGCCUGCUGUCUCCGUGCUCUACAAGGGAGCCAUCAUCAUCAGCAGGACACUCAUGGGACCGUACGGGAUGGAUCGAACCAUGCAUUGCUUUGACUUCUAUGACUGUGCCAAUGGGCUGGGUAUUAAGGUGAUCGGCGGCAUCAAGGAGCUCACCGGAGAAGAAUAUGGAGUUUAUGUCAAGAGGAUCCUGCCAGGGGGUGUUGCUUAUGCUGACGGGCGCCUGCAGCCAGGAGACCAGAUCCUGGAGGUCAAUGGAGAUUCCCUAAUUGGGGUUACCAGCGAGAGGGCCGUGGACAUCCUGAGGACGGCAUCAGCCACCAGCCACAUGCGCCUUCUUAUAGCCCGCGACGAUGACGCCAGGAGAGAGUUCUCAGAGCUGCUGGAGAAGUUUGGCUCCCAGAGCAACACUGGCUCUGCACGGAGCUCACCGGUCCUGCAUGGCAGCAGUCGAUACCUGGAAAGCACGUCCUCAGGCUCCUCCUCGCGCUCCCAGAGCCCGCUGCUGCUGAGCCCGGCCAGCUCCCACGGCCCCUUCAUCGGCAACCCAGUGCACACACCCCACACGCACUACUCCACUGAAUCAGGAAUCCAGAGCAUUUCUAUAGCAAAGUCCUCUGGCUUAGGGCUGACAAUCAGUGGUGGAUCCAACAGACCUGAUGGUCCCAUGGUUUACAUUCAAGAGCUUAUGCCAGACGGUGACUGUUACAAGGAUGGUCGGCUCCGACCUGGUGACCAACUAAUUGCUAUCAAUAGAGAUUCCCUGGUGGGUAGCACACUUGAAGAGGCCAGAAAAAUCAUUACAAAAGCCAAAUUCAGACACGAGGGAAACACAGAAGUGGCCUUUAUUCCUGGACGGGGACGGUUACAUCCCGGACUGUCAGUUCAUAACAACAUUCCGUCACCACCGCCAAAGGCUGUGGGAAAUGAUCUGACUUCCUGCAGACUGAAGGUCCACGUGAGGUCCCCAGAGAAUAGACAUGAAAAUCAUUUUCCUGUGCCUUCUUUGUCACCAGACAUUUGCCCACCAGAGCUUACUGUCUCAGCGCCCACUUCGGCCCCCAGCCAGGGGGUGGCUGCAGGCACCAAGCCCAGAGUAGCGCUGGACCCCCACAUCCGCCUCAAGGACGGCAAGCUGGAGCUGGUUCUGCAGUACCUCGGUUUGGAGGUUACCGAGGAGAAGAAGAGGCAGUUGCGGCAAACUUUGACCACGGACUCGCAGGGGACGGUGGCCUAUGGAGAUCUCCUCCAAGCGCUCAGGGACGUGAUGCAGGACGAGCUGGAUGAGGCCGGCCUGGAUUCCAGCUCUGUGCUCUUCACCCAGCAUGAGGUGGCCAGUCUGCUGGACACGUCGGCGUUUCACUCCCCGACCCUCAACUCACUCAGCUGCAACGGCAGCGAGGAGCUGGAGCAGCUGCAGCUGGAGAUGACGGACCUGCGGCAAGAAGUCCGACGGCUAAAGUCUCUCCUGAAAGAGGUGGAAAACAGUAAGAAGUCAAUGGAAGAUGAGCUUCAGCGGCUGAACCAGAAAGCCCUGGGCUUUCUCUCUGAGAACCGAACGCUGCACAGCAAGCUGCAGAUGGCUGAGGUUGUGCAGAGACAGGCUCACAGCGCAGAGCAGGACUACGAGGAAGUGAUCCACUUGCUGGAAGCCGAAAUUGCAGAACUGAAGCUGCAGCUGGCAGGGAAGAAAGCAAAACAUGUGGCCGAAAUAGAGGAGGACAUCCUGGAACUGAAAAGACAGUUGUCCCUGGCUGACGGCCAGUUACGGAAAUCAGAAGUCUCACGGAAGCGCCUGGAGAUCUGCAAUAGGAAACUGCUCCUGUUUGUGCAGAAUGUUCACAAGGUCUUGAGCACACCCAGUCACUUACCAGAUGAGAAAAGAGCCAGCAGUGAAACAGAAGAGGAUAAAACAGACGCAGUCUCAGAUACAUCUCUUCCAUCUUCAGAUCUUGUUGACAUCUUGCUGUCAGAAGCUAAAGAACUGCUAGCACCAAUCCUCUCCAACAAGGACGCUUCGCCAUGUGACAGGGACCAGUGCCUGCCUGCUGAAGGAAUCCCAAAUUACAAGGACCAUCUUCAUCAGAAGACCACGUGGCCCCCCCCUCCGAGCCAGAACAAGGCUGACCAGCUGCAGUCACCGAGUCCCACCAAGGAGCUGCCUGAGAAGCCGACCUAAAUCUCCCGUGACCUGCUCGUGCUCAGAACUGCGACCGCUCGUAACGCGGCUGCUGCGCUGGGACAUGGCAAGGACACGAAAUGGGUGCUUCAGCUUCCAGGCAAACCAGAGAGAAAAACAAGCUUUCCAAUGCAAGACUGAUUCUUCCUGACUAACCACCCAAGACUUUUUCAGCAUCCUCCCCUGCGCGUCUACCUCUGAGCUAUUGUACAAAGCUAUUUGCUCUUGGUUUUGCAGCUUUAUAGAAAAAAAUAUUCUCAAGAGGUUACACAGGCCUGGAUUUCACUGGCAGCCUUUUAGAGCUUGGAUCCUGGGUAGUAAGAGGAGCAUGGACUUUACCCAAGGGACUCAGAUUCCUUUUGGUAUUUCGUAUGAAAAACCAAAGUACAUUUAGCGACUGGAAUCAAAGCAGCUUAAUCUGUAGUGUCCUAGCUGUCUUGGGAUAGGUACUUCUCUCUUCAUUCUUUUUGUAUAGCUUAUCCCAGCUGCAAUGCUUGAAAUGGAAAGCACCGUCCCAGCUAGCUGCUGGAGACAGCUGCCUGCUACCAGUGCCCACGUUCUGCCGAACACCAAGCGCUCCCUGCAGCACCAGAGAGGACAUAGCGAACAUACUUCAGUAACGGCCCGCGGCAUCACUUGGAAAUUAGAUACGUACGAUGCAAGCUUGUAUGUGGUUAGCAAAGAAUGUGGUAGAGAUCUGAAGCAAACACAAGGUCUGGCAAAUAAAAUGAUAACACUGCUCGCAAGGUGUUGGCUUUCUGA